GGGGCGGGAAAGGAGCUGCACCAGAGUAUGGACUUUAUAACCAGUGCCAGGCACAACUUGCAGCUCCAUCAUCUCUGCACGCUAUCGCCCGAAGCUGAGCCGCCUUUCUCUGACUUGCAACCCCAGACCCACUCGGUUUCAGUAUCUUGGACUUCCUGCCCUCCACUGCAACCGAGUCAUGUCUUCCCGCAGCCGAGUGGCCUUGGUGACCGGGAGUAACAAGGGGAUCGGCUUCGCCAUCGUGCGCGAUCUGUGCAAGAAAUUCUCCGGGGACGUGAUUCUCACCGCCAGGAACCCGACCCUGGGCCAGGAGGCUGUGAAGAAGCUGAAGGAGGAGGGACUGAGCCCUCUUUUCCACCAGCUGGACGUCACUGACCUUCAGAGCAUCCGGACCCUGCGGGAAUUUCUCCAGGAGCAGUACGGGGGUCUGGAUGUGCUGGUCAACAAUGCUGGAAUACUCUUCAAAGCUGCUGAUACCACACCUUUUCCUAUUCAAGCUGAGGUGACACUGCAAACCAACUUUUUUGGCACCAGAGCUGUAUCUGCAGAAUUACUGCCUCUCAUAAAACCCCAAGGCAGAGUGGUGAAUGUCUCUAGCUUGCUGAGUUUACAGUCUCUUAAAAGCUGCAGUCCAGAACUACAGCAGAAAUUUAGGAGUGACACAAUCACAGAGGAAGAAUUGGUGGGGCUCAUGAACAAGUUUGUGGAAGACGCACAGAAGGGAGUGCAUGAGAAGGAAGGUUGGUCUACCAUGGCUUAUGGAGUGUCCAAGAUUGGAGUCACUGUCUUGUCAAGAAUCCAUGCCAGGCAACUGAAAGAGCAGAGGAAAGGUGAUAAUAUUCUUCUGAAUGCGUGCUGCCCAGGAUGGGUGAAAACUGAUUUGGGUGGACCCAAGGCUCCCAAAAGUAUAGAGGAAGGAAUUGAAACUCCAGUUUAUUUGGCUCUUUUACCCCCAGGUGUUACAGAACCUCAUGGCCAGUUUGUAUCAGAGAAAAAGGUUGAAAAAUGGUAAACUUAAUUUGUGAAUCUAUUCUAGUAAUAUUUGAGUAUUACACAUCUUGGAUUUGAUUUAAAAAUACAUUUAGAGAGAAAUAAAAAUUAAAGUACAUUUUGUGCCUUUACUGUCACAGAGAAUUCCUAUAAGGUGUUCACUUUGAGUUGCCUACUAAUUAUGUUAGAGAUUUUGUAAUGACUGAGAUUUGUAAUGACUCAAUAUUUGUAAUGGAGGAAAAAUAUGCAAAAUUCAGAUUGUCUAAAUGGAAUAAAGUUUUUUUUUAAAUUACCAAUGAA